AUGGCGACGACGAGGAUAUCAACGAGAAGAACAACCUCACCUUUUGUUCAAAGUUCCUACCAAACUCUGGAACAAACCCUCUCCAAAAUAAAAGAUUUACCACCUUCGGAGCGUCCAGAGGCGCUUCGCAUGGCCGAACAACCCGUGAAAUCACUCCUGAACGAAAUGAAAGAAAACGAAACGAUUUCCAAGUGGAACUCUCUUGGAAAAAUCCAAAGCGAAAACGUCUUCCCGCGAGCGUUUACGGAAGUCGGCUUGACCGACGUGGACGCGAAAAUCGGCACCCCGAACAACGAUGCGGAUUUUAACUUCAUCGUUACGGUAACCGUGACGACGUCUCUGUUAGCGGUGAUCAUUGGGGUGACUUUACCCGGGGAUUGGGGCGCGUUUGGGAGUUAUCUGAUGGGCGGCGUUUCGCUCGUCGUUUUAGCCGUCGGGAGUACGGCGCCUGGUUUACUUAAAGUUGGCGUAGACACCGUUUCGAGACUCAACCCGGAAUACAUGGAAAGAAUCGUCAAACACGAAGCCGCGCAUUUCUUGAUAGCUUACCUCUCGGGUAUUCCCGUAUCCAGCUACUCCUUGGGCUUGAUGGAGAUGCACGUGGAACUCUUGGAGGCGAAGAUCGAGAAAAAGUUAGUCGGUAAAGCGGGCGUCAUUACAACGGAAGAAAUGGAAGCGUUAGCCGUCGUCGCCAUGUCUGGCGUCGCCGCCGAGGCGAAAUAUUUCGAAAAAGUCGCCGGGCAAGAGGCGGACUUGUUCUCGUUGCAAAAAGCGAUGAACAAAACGGAACCUAAACUCGGCGCUCAAAAAGAACAAUCCGUCACGCGGUGGGCGGUGUACAAAGCCGCGAGAAUCAUCACCGAUAACGAGAAAUCGUACGAGCAGUUAUGCCAAGCCAUGAAAGAGGGUAAAUCAGUCGCCGAGUGCGUUAAAGCCAUCGAGAGUGUUUAA